AUGUUUAUCAGACAAUCGUCAAGGCUUCCUAGCCAAUUGGCUAGGCAAGCGGCUUCCCGUCAGUUCUCCACGCGAGCUGCGCUUCGGCAAGAGAUUCGGGACGCAUACAUCAUCAGUGCCUCAAGAACACCGACAGCAAAGUUCAAUGGCUCGUUCACGAGCGUAACUGCGCCGCAGCUGGGCGCCGUCGCCAUCAAGUCCGCAAUCGAAAAGUCCAAAGUUCCCGUCGACAAGAUCACCGAUGUGUACAUGGGUAAUGUUCUACAAGGUUCCGUUGGGCAGGCGCCGGCUCGCCAGGCCUUGAUCUUUGCCGGUCUCCCGUCUAGUGUGGAAGCGAUCACCAUCAACAAGGUCUGCGCAUCCGGCAUGAAAGCUGUCGUCUUUGCUGCACAAAACAUCCAGCUCGGUCUCUCGGAGGCGCAGGUUGCCGGUGGCAUGGAGAACAUGACAAGGGUGCCGUAUUACGUGCCCCGCGCUUCUAGUCUGCCGCCAUUCGGUCAUGUCCAGAUGGAGGACGGCCUGAUCAAGGACGGGUUGACUGACGUUUACGACAAAUUUCACAUGGGCAACUGCGCCGAGAACACGGCUAAGAAGUACGAGAUUUCUCGCGAGAUGCAAGACGAGUACGCUAUCGAGUCCUACAAGCGCGCCCAGGCUGCGUGGAAAGCGAACGCCUUUGCCGAAGAAAUCGCUCCUGUCACUGUUCCCGGAAGGAAGGGCGACACAGUCAUUGAUUCUGAUGAGGGAUACCUCGAUGUUAAGUUCGACAGAGUACCUACUCUGAAGCCAGCCUUUGUGCGCGACGGCACUGGCACUGUCACUGCUGCCAACUCCUCCACGUUGAACGACGGUGCCAGUGCACUUGUUUUGGGCAGCAAGGAAAUUGCGUCAAAAUACGGUUCCGGUUCUCGAGUGCUGGCAAAGAUUUGCGGCUCGGCCGACGCCGCGGUUGAUCCUAUCGACUUCCCUAUCGCUCCGGCCAAGGCAGUACCCAUCGCACUCAAGAGAGCGGGUAUCACCAAAGACCAAGUUGCCGUGUGGGAGUUCAACGAAGCUUUUGCCGCUGUCAUUAAGGCGAACGAAAAGAUCCUCGGAUUGGAGGGUGCUCGGGUUAACCCUCUCGGUGGAGCUAUCUCCCUCGGCCACGCCCUGGGUAGCUCUGGAUCACGAAUCAUCGUCACUCUGCUGCACCAGCUGAAGCCUGGCGAAUACGGUGUUGCAGCCAUCUGCAACGGAGGCGGCGCGGCCACGGCGAUCGUCGUGCAGCGCGUCGAGUCUGUGUAA